AGCAUAAUGCGCGCUCUCGUGUUCCCCCGGAUGCGUGUUUACUCAGUCUCCUCUCUCCACCCUUGAAAUGAGAGAGGUACGGAGUGGAAGGACAUCGUUUUACAAGAAAACGGGCAGCCAAGAUCGAGACCGGUCGACAGACGAGAGUGAAGCUCGAAGAGUCAAGGUGUAGUGCGGGGAUAAAUUGAUUCGACAUCAAGGUCAAUUAUCUCUCUAAAAAAACUUCAGACACGGAGAAAUCACGAACCUCUGAGGAUGGAGCAGGCAUACGGGGCUGGCAAGGCUGGCGGCACCUUCGAUCCAAUUACGUUCUUUCAGCAACCGCAGACUAUUCUUCGAAUAGUGUCAUGGAUCUUUUCCAUCGUGAUCUUUGGUUGCAUUGCUAACGAGGGCUAUGUGAACCGUCCAGAUGAGGUAGAGGAAUUUUGCAUCUUUAACCGCAACCAGAACGCCUGUAACUAUGCCGUUGGGAUGGGAUCCCUGGCCUUCCUCUGCUGUGCUGCAUUUAUGGCACUGGACGUCUACUUUCCUCAGAUAAGCAGUGUCAAAGACCGCAAGAAGGCUGUGUUAGCUGAUAUUGGAGUUUCAGCCUUCUGGUCUUUCGUGUGGUUUGUGGGAUUCUGUUUCCUGGCCAAUCAGUGGCAGGUGGCUAAACCAGAGGAUAACCCCCUCAAAGAGGGUGGAGACGCAGCCAGAGCAGCCAUCACCUUCGCCUUCUUCUCCAUAUUUACAUGGGCUGGUCAAGCUUUCCUUGGAUUCCAGAAGUACAAAUUAGGCGCAAGCUCAUCUCUCUUCUCUCAGGACUAUACUGAUCCCAGCCAGGAUCCCGCAGGAGCGCCCACAGCAGGCACGGAGUACACUGGAUACAACGCCGACAUGGAGGCUAAUUAUGACGGCUCUGGUGGAUACCAGAACCAAGACUACUAAGGUCAAGUAUAAGGAUGUACACAACAGCCUUAACAAGCUAGGCUGAUGGGGUUGGUUACAUGGGGAAACAAAAUAUGGGGUGAAAAGGACAAACAUGAACUUUGGGCACUUGGGGUAGAAUAUGGGGGACCAAAGCUGACUGACAGGAAUUCAGGGGUUUGUUUGGUGCUAUAAUAACCCCUUGUGGAAUUUAUAGUGGGGUUGGGUGUUUCAAACACUGAAAGGGUGUUUCAUUGAGUCUAUAAAAUAUAUUUUGCAGCUUGGGGACUGUGGCACUAGAUCUCUCAAUUUUUUUUAUUUUUUUUUUAUGGUGCCACCAGGAGUUUUUGCCUUCAGUUUUGGGGUUAUGGGUUUGGGGACGAUUGGUCAGCAGAUGUGUCCAUCCUGAGCAAACCCUACAAAGUGUCCAUUAUAUAGGCUAAUACAGAACUUCACUUUGGUUUAUUACACUUAAUUCAGAUUUGUGAAAACUAAACUGAUGGACGUUUGUCUCUAAGAAACUAGCUUAGUAUUGGUCAUACGUGUGACAAAAUCUUACCAAACUAAAUGUUUCUAAAGACUGCAGUGUCUUUUUGUGUAGGUGAUUCAAUAGAACAUUACAUUAACCCUUACCCUGUCUCUAGAACACAAUCUAUUGAUAGCUUUCUGCUGCCAUUUUCUCAAUGUCCAAGGGUCUUAAAUGAUCUCUUUUAACAAUAUCAGGUCUAGAAAUAAAUAAUUCACUCCAUUGUUCACACAGAACAUACAAAGAGGGGAAAAAAUGAAAUGAUUAAGGCUAAUACAGAGAGAAAGUAAUAGAGUGAAUAUACUAAAAGUGAAUUCUGUGAGAUAAUGGUUUUUAAAAAAAGUUGUACGGCUGUGAUUAGAUUAUUUAAGAUCUGUUUCUUUACAGAAGGGCAACAUAUGUACAGUGGCCUCAAACAGUAUUUGGACACUUAAAUGUGGCUGUCACAUUGCACAAAAUACCAAACCAAGCGUCAUUUAUUUUAAAGAAAGACUGCACAGACACUUUUCAAUCAAUGCAUUUCACACAAAGAAAUUUGUUAGUUUUUAAGUUGUAAAACUAUAUAGACAUUAUGCGCCAGAGAAACAAGCACGCAGCUUAAGAAUUUUCUCUUUGAACUUCCUUUUUUUGCGGUAUCUCUGUAUAUUUAUGACAUCGCUGUCAAAGAGUAAUUAGCUGGUGAAGUGGAUUUACAUAUUGUAGAGUUUAAAAAAUGUUAUCAUGAGCACUGUAAUGUUUGAAGCGGAUGUCAUAAAUGUCAGUAGACCGGUAAGAUUUAAAAAUGAGUGGUUUAAUUCAUAAAUCUGUAAGAUCUUACCUUCAUGCUGUGGAAAUACAAACCAGAAGACAGAACACAAUGAGCGCAGCGCUGAAAAGCUACAUAAGGUCUAUAUAGCCUAUAGGCUACUGUAAGGUGCGGUCACAUUUCGUGGGCAAAAAAUUUCCAGUGAAUAUUGUAAACAGUGUAGCGAUGUACGAAGCACAUCUUACACAUGAGCCACUUUCAAAACAAGCAGCUUUCUUUUUAGGGAACAAGGCGCAUUAGCGUGACCAACUUGAAUUUGAUGUGAAAGCGCAAUCUACAGGGGGAAACUUUGGUUAUUGAAAGGGAAAAUGGCCAGACUAGCAGCUUCAAAGCAAUGAAAUUACAGAAAAAUGUGAACAAAAAAGACAGAGCCCCUGAGCAUGAAAAAUGACAAAUUAGUGCUAAUGACUUACAAACAAAUCCAGCCAAUACAUCACAGUUAUGCUAAACGAAGAACAGAUUGAUAGACCAGUAUACAUCUUUAGGGCGAAUGUUCAUGCCAUUAUAAUGGUCUGACGCUUGUGAAAAUAUUAUUCAUCAUUAUGUAUGCUAACAAGUUCCUUUGUAGAACCCUUAGUGUUAUCUGGCCAUCUUUUUUAUCAUUUAAAUUUUUUUAAUUUUGAUCAUAGUUGCUGUAAUAACUCUUGCACUAGAGCAGCAGGGUUAUGCAUUACAGAUAAAUUAUUUUAUUUUAAAUUAAGUUCUGAAAAAAUGUUCAUAAUUAUGUACCUGAAUAUAUAAAACCAGCAUAUUUUUAUUUAUUGACAAAGAUGUAAUAUAAUCAAGUACACAAACAUAUCUUUAUAAAUUUAUUAAUAAAAUAACUCAGUAAUAUUGUGUAUUUUGCAUUUAAAAGUGUCAUAGAAUAAUGUUUAUCCUUUCUCUAGUGACAUUGUUUUCUAAAUCAGCAAACCUUUUAUUUCUCGUUGAAAAUCUUAAGAAAAAACGCUACAAUACAAUCAGUUAUAUAGGUGAUGUAUCAGAUGUGUUAUUAUAUAAUGUAUAUGUACAUUAAUGGAGCUGGGAUACAAAAUAGUGUAAAUUCUUUUGAUGUGGUGACUGUCCAUUAACUGAAUCACUAGGUUAAUAUGGCUCAGUGUAUAUUUGUCCUGUCUUGUAUGUUGCUUGUCUGGUAAAACGUCUGAUAUAGAUGACAAUAAAAGACAUUGACUGAUA